AUGGAGAUUGUGAGGAUGGUGAUAAAGGGAAGAGUACAAGGAGUGUGUUACCGGAACUGGACUGUUGAGAACGCAGAGCAGCUCGGGAUAAAGGGAUGGGUCAGGAACCGCAGAGACGGUUCGGUAGAAGCACUCUUCUCUGGACCAUCUGAAGCUGUUAAUGAGAUGCAAAAACGAUGUCGUCGUGGUCCUCCUGCAGCCAUGGUAACUGGACUGGAGGCUUUCCCAUCCACUGAAGAACCUGGAAAAAGUUUUGAAUACAGAUCAACCGUCUGA